GAGGGGUGCUCGCCGCCGCCGCCGCGCGCCCUCGGGCCUCCGGGACCGCGAGAAAACUUUGCGGCUCUUCCGCGCCGGGGCGUCGGCGCCAGGCCCGGCAGACAGAGCAAUGCGCCCCGCGGGCUGAGGGCAGAGGACGCGGCCGCGGCGCAGCACCCGGCCGGGGGAGCCGCGGGGUGGCAUGCGGGGAAAGUUGGCGCGCGCCUGACCGCGCCUGGAAGCCGCGCGGUGCCCGGGCCGAGUUGCCCCCCAAGUUUCUGCGGCGAUUUCUCACUCCCUGGGGAUCCAGCGGUCCGAAUCCCGCAGGGCCUCCGGCUCACGGAUUCUGAGCGCUGGGAAGGAGAAGCCCGCGCUUUUCCCGGGGACCUGCGCUUAAGCUGAUGCUUGGUGGGUUCGCCCUGGAUGGUAGCGAUUCGAGUUGUUUUCUGCUUUUCUUCUCCCUCAGACAGUGAGUUUGUGGAAGCCUCGCCCACAUCGUACAGCCCAGACGAGUUAGGCCCCCCUCCUGCUUGUUAUAGCCCCAGUAGUCCUGUCCAGGUUCUGGAAGACGCCACCUACUUUUCCCCAGACUUUCAGCUGUAUUCUGGGAGGCAUGAAACAUCUGCUUUGACGGUGGAGGCAACCAGUAGCAUCAGGGAAAAAGUUGUUGAAGAUCCUCUUUGUAACUUCCACUCCCCAAACUUCCUGAGGAUCUCAGAGGUGGAAAUGAGAGGUUCCGAGGAUGCGGCAGCUGGAACAGUAUUGCAGCGGCUGAUCCAGGAACAACUGCGGUAUGGCACCCCAACCGAGAACAUGAACUUGCUGGCCAUUCAGCACCAGGCCACAGGGAGUGCAGGACCAGCCCACCCUACAAACAACUUUUCUUCCACGGAAAACCUCACUCAAGAAGACCCACAAAUGGUCUACCAGUCAGCACGCCAAGAACCGCAGGGUCAAGAACACCAGGUGGACAAUACGGUGAUGGAGAAACAGGUCCGGUCCACGCAGCCUCAGCAGAACAACGAGGAACUGCCCACUUACGAGGAGGCCAAAGCACAGUCGCAGUUCUUCAGGGGGCAGCAGCAGCAGCAGCAACAGCAGCAGGGGGCGGUGGGCCAUGGUUACUACAUGGCAGGGGGCACCAGUCAGAAGUCCCGAACUGAGGGGAGGCCCACUGUGAACCGUGCCAACAGUGGACAGGCGCAUAAGGAUGAGGCGCUGAAGGAACUGAAGCAGGGCCACGUCCGCUCGCUCAGCGAGAGAAUCAUGCAGCUGUCCCUGGAGAGGAAUGGGGCCAAGCAACACCAUCCCGGCUCGGGGAAUGGAAAGGGCUUCAAAGCAGGAGGGGGGCCCUCCCCUGCUCAGCCUGCAGGUAAAGUGCUGGACCCUCGGGGUCCUCCACCUGAGUACCCCUUCAAGACCAAGCAAAUGAUGUCUCCAGUCGGCAAGACCCAGGAGCACGGACUUUUUUAUGGUGACCAGCACCCCGGGAUGCUCCACGAGAUGGUCAAGCCCUACCCUGCUCCUCAGCCUGUGAGAACAGAUGUGGCCGUCCUGCGGUACCAGCCACCCCCUGAAUAUGGGGUAACGAGACCACACCUGGGCCUCAUUGGACUCCGUAUGUGUGUUCCUGCCACCAUGCACUGCAUUCUGUGCACACCACAGGAGAGGCAGCUCCUCCCCUGGCCUCUGUACACUCCAAGCCGCCCGUGCCAACUUCCGUUCCCGUCAACCAUGCAGCAGCACAGCCCCAUGUCCUCCCAGACCUCCUCCGCCAGCGGGCCGCUGCACUCUGUCUCCCUGCCGCUUCCACUCCCGAUGGCCCUGGGCGCUCCACAGCCCCCGCCCGCUGCCUCCCCCAGCCAGCAGCUUGGUCCAGAUGCCUUUGCGAUUGUGGAGCGAGCCCAGCAAAUGGUGGAAAUAUUAACAGAGGAGAACCGGGUGCUUCACCAGGAACUUCAGGGUUACUAUGACAAUGCCGACAAGCUCCACAAGUUUGAAAAAGAACUUCAGAGAAUUUCGGAAGCCUAUGAAAGUCUGGUCAAGUCUACCACCAAGCGAGAGUCACUGGACAAGGCGAUGAGAAACAAAUUGGAAGGCGAGAUUAGAAGACUUCAUGAUUUCAACAGAGACCUCCGAGAUCGACUAGAGACUGCCAACAGGCAGCUCUCCAGCAGGGAAUACGAAGGGCACGAAGACAAAGCUGCAGAGGGGCAUUAUGCUUCCCAGAUUCUGCAAAAUAGAUCUUGUGAGUUUCAUCUGAGGAGAUGGAGUCUCAGAGAGGUAAAGUCAUGUGUCCAAGACAAAGAAUUCUUGAAGGAAAAGGAGAAAUUAGAAAUGGAGUUAGCAGCAGUGCGGACUGCAAGUGAGGACCAUCGGAGACACAUUGAGAUCCUGGACCAGGCUUUGAGCAAUGCCCAGGCCAGGGUCAUCAAGCUGGAAGAGGAGUUACGAGAGAAGCAAGCAUAUGUUGAGAAAGUCGAGAAGUUGCAGCAGGCCCUGACCCAGCUGCAGUCUGCAUGUGAGAAGCGAGAGCAGAUGGAGCGGAGACUGCGGACUUGGCUGGAGAGAGAGCUGGACGCGCUGAGAACCCAGCAGAAACAUGGAAAUGGCCAGCCAGCCAACGUGCCGGAAUACAAUGCCCCAGCCCUCCUGGAACUUGUGCGGGAGAAGGAGGAACGGAUCCUGGCCCUGGAGGCCGACAUGACGAAGUGGGAGCAGAAGUACCUGGAGGAGAGCACCAUCCGACACUUUGCUAUGAAUGCCGCGGCCACCGCAGCAGCUGAGAGGGACACCACGAUCAUCAACCAUUCACGGAAUGGCAGCUACGGAGAGAGCUCUCUGGAGGCCCACAUCUGGCAAGAGGAGGAGGAGGUGGUGCAGGCCAACAGAAGGUGUCAGGACAUGGAAUACACUAUUAAAAAUCUCCAUGCCAAAAUCAUAGAGAAAGAUGCCAUGAUUAAGGUCCUGCAGCAGCGAUCUCGUAAAGAUGCCGGGAAGACAGACUCCUCCAGCCUACGUCCUGCCCGCUCCGUUCCAUCCAUAGCAGCAGCUACUGGGACACACUCUCGCCAGACCUCUCUUACCAGCAGCCAGCUGGCUGAGGAAAAGAAGGAAGAGAAGACCUGGAAGGGGAGCAUAGGAUUGCUGCUGGGGAAGGAGCACCAUGAACACGCAUCUGCCCCACUGCUGCCACCCCCACCCACCUCAGCACUGUCCUCCACAGUCUCCACGACGGCAGCCAGCAGUGCCCACGCCAAGACGGGCAGCAAGGACAGCAGCACACAGACCGACAAGAGUGCCGAGCUCUUCUGGCCCAGCAUGGCCUCCCUCCCCAGCCGCGGCCGGCUGAGCACGACCCCUGCUCCCAGCCCUGUCCUGAAACACCCAGCGGCCAAAGGGACCGCAGAGAAACUGGAGAACUCUCCUGGCCAUGGGAAGUCGCCUGACCACAGAGGCCGGGUCAGCAGCUUGCUGCACAAGCCUGAGUUCCCCGACGGAGAGAUGAUGGAAGUCCUCAUCUAACUGCCAUCCCUGUGGAAUUUCAGAACGGAGCAUUGACAAACAAGGAAAGUGGCAGAGAAAGAAGAAAGACCUAGAAGGUUGCAGUGGGAAAUCAGGAAUGAUUUGAACUGAUAAAGAUUUCAGACUCAUAAGAACACAUUUUAUAAAUGUUAAACACAAAAACAGGAGACCUACAUGACUGAAGAGAGAAGAGAAUGCGAUGGAUUUUAUUACACAUGGUGGAAGGGACAAGAGGCGUGUAGGUUUGCAAACAAAGUUAAGAAAUAGGAAAUUGAAUUUUUCAUUGUACAGAAAAUGUAUCUCUUGGGGAGGGUCUAUGUAUCCCUAUUCUCUGAUUAUAAACAGAUAAACCCAAAUGUGGAUCCUCCUUGGAAUACCCCCAUUCUCUUUGCCUCUUAGCAUGUUUGGUUUAAGAAGAGCCUCCAAGAAAUCUUGAGAGCCUGUCUUCGCAUAAUGCAGCGUGACUUGUGCCAACCAUGGGGUGUCCCGUGUGUGUGAGUGUGGCAGUGAGAAGAAGCAUCGAGGGCGAGGGGGAUAUGAAAGCUGGUCUUCACCUAAUUACCUGUUUGGUUUGGAUUUUCAAGAGAUGAUUGGGUUUCUUAGCUUUUCUGAAUUCUGCAGUAUUUUCUAAGCAGGAUGGAUUAUGAUCUCAGUCCUCAUCCAUCCUAACUUCUGAGUUCAUCUCUGUCUCUGCUUUACGGUCUUUAAUUUUUUGUUGUUCCUUCAUUUGUUUUUGUUUUUAAUAAGACAUAGCAGGAUUCCUUAGGUAUGGGAUUUAUGAGAGCAGUACCUGAACUGUCAUCAUUCCUGCUUGUUUGAUAGUGACCAGUAGGACAAAGCCAUGUGUUGCUUCCUGGCUGCUUCACCUUUGCAUAGCUGGGUUGCAUCUGUGAAUCUCAUUCUGACUGUGAACUAAGCAAGCUCUGAGGAGGCAGGAGAUUCCAUGGGUCCCUGUGACAUCUUGCAUUAAGAUCGUGGCACUUGCUUUUUUGUCUCUCACAUUGGCUCUCUUGCAAGGAGCUUGACAUUUCCAAACUCCAUUGCUCUGUUGGGGAAGACUUAGGACAGCACUCCAGGAAACAGAUGACAAUUUACAGACAGUUGCCUCAGUGGUUUCCAGAAUCCCACCAGCUCCCAUAUACCUUCUUGUAUUGAGGCUCAUGAGCGUAUUCACACUCUUUCCACCCCUGCACAUGCCUCUGCUUGCUCUCGAUCAGCACCCAGACCUCCAUGGCACUAGCUUGCCUCUGUUGCGAACUUCUUUUGUAACCUACCAGGCCAGUGUCUAUACAGUGUUGUCAGGCUUUUCAGGAUUUCAGUUUUGAAGCAGUUUAUUCAAAGUGAGACAGAAGUGCCAUGGAAAAGAGGCAGGCGUGUGUUAGGUGGCAGGUCCCUUAGACCUCUGCUGUGACAUUGCAUAUUCAACUCUUCUGACACUGGCUUCCUUUACAAAUCUAGGAGAUGCUGGAUUAGAAAAGAGGAGAAGCUCAUCAGGCCAUCAGAGAGAUGCUCCUGUGGGGUCCUGAUGUUUUUGUCCCUCCAGGUCAGCUGGAUUGGUGUUUUCCCAGUUCCCUUUCCUCAUGCUUGCCUAGAGGAAGAAAGAAAGGGGGGUACCUUUUCCAAGUACCUUCUAAAUGAAACACUCAAGACAGUGCUCCUCAGGAAACAUUGCUCGGGUAGCUUAUUUUAGGACUGGUCUUGGGUGUGUAACGCUGGUGAAGUUAUAGCCUCCCCAGAUUGAGGUGAUAGAAGGAAGACGAGAGGUGUAGGCUGGAGAGGGGAGGGAAGAAAUCAGUGGCUUUGGCCAGCCUCUGUGCCACCCAGUAUGACAGAGGAGUGGGAACUGGCCCUCUGGAGCUCUGCUUUGCCAUAGGCACUGCACAUUGUGCCACUUGCUCAUCACCUCCUCUGGUCUCUCACUGAGCAUCGGAGUACAUGUUGUGCAGAUGGGGAAACUGAGGAGCUCUGAGAGGCUGAGCAUUGAGCUCGCCCCAUGUCCUAAGGUGUGAGAAGAGGGCACAGGAGGCCUCAUCCAUGGGGGAAAGGAUUGAGGAUGGACAUGGGUGGGGAGAGGGCAUAGAGAUCCCUUCCUAAUCUCUGUUCCCACCACAUUUCAUAGGAGAUGAGGUUAGGAGAUGGCAACUAACUCUCUUAAGGACAUUUUGACCUCAGUGUAUGUUGGGGAUGGACCAGAAAGUAAAAUGUCUAGAGAUAGGAAGGUAAGUCAGCUCUGCCAGCCCCUACCAUCAGGUCUAGGCCACCCCAAACUUGGGCUGCCUCCCUUAGACAUAGGUUAGAGUGAGAGACCCAGCCGUUUCUCCCGAAGCCUGGUCUUCAUGCCCCAGACACCUCCUUGCCCCAGUCAGGUGUCAGACUUGCUUGCUUUUCAAGGUCCGCCUGAGCUGCCAAGUGUUUUCAUUGUCAGAAUACAAAUGGACACAUGGCCAUGUUUCAGGGCUUCAACUGCGUUGUAUUGUGGACUUUGACAACAUUUUUUUUUCUCUUAACCUACUAAGACUCUUCCUUAAGAAGGGGAUCUAUAGCUUUAAAAUGCCGCCUUCUGUGGGAAAUUUCCUGCCAAGCCAGGGCACUAAAUACUUUCAUCAUUAGAGCUUUCCUGAUGUCCGGCCAUAUACUGAGCACCUGCUCUGAGUUCUGGGCAGCUUACAAUAUCUCAAACAGGUUUUCAGAAAAAUAAUGCAACUAUAUUUUCUAGCGCCAACUGUAUGCAAACAGUGUGGCAAGUACCUUUUAAUUAGUCCUCCACCCAUCUGGAGUACAGGGGGUGAGUUUAUUAUUCUGAUUUCACAGAUGAGGAAAUGGGCUCAGAGAGGUUAAGUCCCUUCCUGAAAUCUCACAGCCAGGAGAAGCCAGGAUGAUUUAAAACAAAGUUUGGAGAGGCGCUGCGCGUAGACCAUGGCUGUACGGCCUCUAACAUGCGGCGCUGCAUCUUGGCAGUCUCUAUCCCUGUCUGUGAUGUGCGUGUGCACAUGUACCUAUGUGGGUGCACACACACACAGCUCUCACACAUCUCAGAGCCUAAGAAAUAGGACUAAGCCCAGAACUCCUAGAAUCGCCUAUAAAUGCCAGGCAUAGAUGGAAAUUACUGUGUUCCACCAAAAGCACAGCUCCAAACUAUACCUAAAAAAUACUUCUGCACUUUGCAGAGACCUGGACUUCAAACUUUCCCAGUGGAGCCUAAUUAUAGAAUUUGAGGGUCCUGUCUCAGGGUGAAGGGAAGAGGCUUGGGCUUCACAGGAAGGUAUUCCAGCAUUGUUCUGCUUCACCUUUGACUGUGUUGUCUGGCAGUUUCUGUGUGCUGCCAGGAGAGUAUAUGGAAUUGGAGAAGUUGGAGUCAGGUCUCUGACGCCAGAGUUUCACUAAGUAGAUGCCUCUGUACCUAAGAACUAUUCCUGUCUGCAGGUCCAUAUAGCUAUGCUGCCAGGAAAAACACAUUAUUUUCCAAAACUUUCAGAGCAUGUGCAGAACCCUUUCUUAGCAUUUUCUUCUCUCAGCACUUUCUCUGCCUCCCAGAGGCUGGCAGCCAAUGGCACUGUGGAGUUCAGCAUGUUCUAACCAUGCACGCAGGGCAGGGCUGCCUUGGCCCCCCUCAGGCUUUGGUUGGGAGAGCAGGCAAUGGGAGCCCAUUCUGGGUGCAGUCCUCUGGGGUUGCUCUUUGGCACUCAUGUAUGAGUUUGACUCCACAAGGCUUGGCAUGGAUACCAAAACAGUUGCACCAAAUUAGUUCUGAACCCGGAACACAGAAGUCAGUGCUUCAGGAAGGAGGUGCUCAGAAUGCUCCGUGCAGAGCAGCCAGUCAUUCCUCUUGUUUGUUCUCACCUGGGUGUGCACCUUCAUGAUGCGGUGGCUGUAGCACCUUCAUGCCAGGUGCUGAGAGAGUGGGAAAUUCUUCCUCCCCACUGGCCUGAGUCCCAGAGACUUAGGGAAACAGACCUCAGGUGAGGCUGGGGACCUAAGAAGCAGUGGAUAAUAGAUUGGAUAAUCAGAGCUUUUGAGGCAGGGGGCUCAUGUUUUCACUGCAGGGAGUUAUGCUGAGCAAAGAGAUGUGUUUUUCAAAACCAGAGUAUUGCCCCGUGUCCACACUGGAGUAAGUGGAGCAUGCUUCUCUGUGUUCCCUGAAUGAUCUUGCACUCCUUUUAAGCAAAGGAGUACCAUGGCCAUGGUCAGUGGGAUCCCACAAAUGUUCUUAAAUGGGUAAGGUUUUAAGUAGCCAGAGAGUAUCCAGCCUACCACUGGCUUCUCCACAUCCUAAAACCUGAGACAGCCUUGGUAUAUGCUUUGUAAAUGUUUCUUUUCUUGUUGUUUAAGUAAUUAAAGUGUUUAAAAUGUCUUCAUUAGAUGUGACGAUUGUUUAAUGAGUUUGCCUCUGACUUGUGGCUCCAUGGGAGAUAGGCAAAGUAAUUAAGACGUUACCAGAAAUUGGUCGGCUGGGGAAAUGCAAAAGUUAGCAUUUCAGUAAGUGAAUUUCUCCUGGAACAAACGAGCAGUGUUUCCUCUUUCUCUUAAGUAGUAUACCCUUUUCUCACUUAGUAAUUUAAUGAUAUAUAAAGACAUGUGUAUAAGUGAGUGCGUACAUAUGAGGUAUGACUAUAGGGUUGUUUGUGGGAAUUUCUUUUCUUAACAUACAGAAGAUCAAAGUGUUUCAUCUCACCCUGCCCUCCUUAGAAGGUGUCUUUUGGGAGACUAUGUGCUGAUUGACUAUAGUGCUGCCAAGUAAAAAGAUCUUGGGAACUCUUCUACCAGAACGGCCUUCGGGGCUUGUAGCGUUCCUUUGGUUUCCCCUUAGAGAUGAGAAAUCCUCCUCCUUUGAGGAUGGAUUUAAGUUCUGGAAAUAAUCUCAAGUACUUGAUAGCACAGUUGGAUGAAUAAAGAUGGCAAUUAAGGUAAGUUACACCAUUUUUGUCUCUAAAAAAAAUCCCUAAGAAAUUUCUUGGAAUGAGUUUUUAGACUCAGAGCCUCUCAAAGUGUCCGCUUCAAGGGAGGACCGUCCUCAUUAGCACACCGAUUUUAAAAAUCAAUUCUCUUGCCAUGCCUCCUAUGUGUUCACAUCUCUGUGUACACUACAGACGUAAGUGCAUAAUCAUUCAUAUAAACAUCUGGUAGGUAUUCUGUAAAACUGUGUUUACUUUAGUGCAUGUUAUUGUCAUGUUAUGAUGUGACCGGGGUGUUUCUUUGUCAUGAAACUUUGCUUCUUCACAGAAUUAGAAUACUGCUCCCUCUAUAUUGAAGUACAUAUACAGCAUUUUCUUAUAUCAACUCCCAAAGUCUGGAUGCCCGGUGUUGUGUUUACAUGUGAUUGUGCCUAGGAGUCUGUUCACAUAGAGACACCUGUAAGUAUUUAUUACAAAACGGAAUGUAAGCAAAUAUAUCCACAUUGGUUUUAUUUGAAUCAAAGUUUUGUUUUGUUUUGUUUUUUUCCUUUUGAGGAGGAACAGGGAGCCUCCUCCUCCAUGAGCACUUACAGAAUUGUGUAAAAUUCUGUGAAACAAGGGCAAGCGUGGGCACCGGUUUCAGCCGUCCCAGUGCCGCUGCCCUCCCACCUACUCUGUGUGUGUGUGUCGCUGUGCUUGGUGGCAGUGUGCCGUGCUCGUGCCGGGCUCUUCCCAGCAGACGCUGGUAUCCGGCUGUAACGUUUGGCAUCUUCGUUUUGCCAGUCUGUGUUAAGGGGUGGUGUACGUGGCCGUACAGCCAGAUGGGUCUGUGUACCAGUGUGGGGAGUCCAAGAACACUGCCUGUCCCCCACAGCAAAUAUUGAUGCUGUUGGUCAGCCAAAGAUUUUCCUCUUCUUUGCUGCUUAAACUUGUGCCUUAAUAUUGUACAUAAUAAAUGGAUGAAAUGGCAAAAUG